AUGUACAUACGUGCGGUUCAGAAGGAUAGCAUUAACACCUACAAUGAAUCAUCCAACCGGAAAUCGAAACCAAAUCUAACGCCAGCUGAACAGCGCAGCCUUUCUGAUCUUCAGAAUCGUAGCGACUUAGUCAUCAAAAAAGCUGAUAAAGGCGGUGCAAUCGUGGUAAUGGACAAAAACAAUUAUGUUAACGAAGGUCUUCGACAACGAUCGUGCACAUCAUUUUACAAACUCCUCGACGCUGACCCUACGGAGCAAAUUACAGCAGAUGUUAUCCGCAGUCUAAAGGCAAGAAAAAUGAUAGAUACCACCCUGUACGACUAUCUACUCCACAAAAACCCCAUAGCGGGCAGGUUUUACAUGCUCCCUAAAAUCCAUAAACCUGGAAAUCCAGGGCGCCCCAUAGUUUCAUGCAACGGUACAGCUACUGAGAACAUCUCAAGCUUUGUAGACCACCUUCUCAAAGAUAUACCUUCGCAACUACCAUCCUACAUUAAGGAUACUAAUCACUUUCUUCAAAUAUUAAAUAAAUGUGACGCUCCUCCUUCCAGUCUGCUAGUCACGCUAGACGUUUCAUCUCUGUAUACCAACAUCCCCCACGAAGAUGGCAUUGCUGCAGCUGAAAGGGCGUUUUCAACAUAUUCAGAUACCCCCUACGACCUGUGUGUCCUAUCAACAUUUCUCAAUCUUAUUCUCAAAAAUAACAACUUUGAACUCGACAGUAAGCACUACUUGCAAGUCAAUGGAACGGCUAUGGGUACAAAAAUGGCACCAAACUACGCAAACAUUUUUAUGGAAGCUCUAGAGGAGGAAUUUCUGUCCAAGCGCGUAAAGAAGCCCACGCUUUACAAGCGGUUCCUCGACGACAUCUUCAUGGUGUGGCCACACUCAGAAGAUGACCUAAUCACAUUUAUCGGCGACUUUAACCAAGCACAUCCGGCCAUCAAGUUCAGCCAUUCGUAUUCCGCUUUCACUGUCAACUUCUUAGAUGUACAGGUAAAGUUAACCAACGGAGUCUUGUCCACAAACCUGUUCCGUAAACCUACGGACUCUCAACAGCAGGGUGUCGAACCGAAAUGUUUUUCGUUCCGGUUUUCGUUCCGGUUCUACCAUAAACGGUUCCGUACCGGUUCUGCUCCGGAGCAAAAAAAUAAGGGUUCAUACCGGUUUUAA